AUGCCAGGAGACUAUAGCAGUGGCACACACUGUGGGUUCCAGACCAAGUUCCUGGCACAGUUGGAGAACCAGAUUGAUAGGCAGCAGUUUGAAGAAUCAGUCAAGUGUCUGCUGCUAUUGAUGUUGGGGUUUGCCUUUCUGAGGGAAGCAGCAGCCAGAAAAAACCCCAAAACAAUGGCUCCUGUCCUCCAGAAGCCUGGGAACUGCCCUCCUCUGGAGGACAACAGUGUGAAGGUUGACAUUCGCAUCCUCAAUCAAAACCAGGGCAUUGCCAUAUCACAUGACUUUCAGAACCGCUCCAUCUCCCCAUGGGAUUACAACAUCACCAGGGACCCCCACCGGUUCCCCUCCGAGAUUGCAGAGGCCCAGUGCAGACACUUGGGCUGCAUCAAUGCCCAGGGUCAGGAAGAUAACUCCAUGAACUCGGUUGCCAUCCAGCAAGAGAUCCUGGUCCUUCGAAGGGAGCCUCAGGACUGCUCUCAUUCCUUCCGGCUGGAGAAAGUGCGGGUGACUGUUGGUUGCACCUGUGUCACCCCCAUCGUCCACCACGUGGCCUGA